AUGACUGGCGAGACGGCGUCGCGUUCUGCCCGCCCUUUGUAUUCUCCCACCAGUGAAACCCGGGAAUACGAAGGUGCCCCAAGAUCUUGGGAUGAGGGGCAAGCGUCAGUGUCAGCGUCGGAUUUCGGAUCAGUGGAUGGUGCCCGUGCUACAGAACCACGCUGGCACUGGCGAGAGCCCUAUGUGCCCUGUCUGCCAAUCCUUUUGCAUCAUCAUUCAAUUGAUUUGACUUUGAUUUGGCUAGAACGAUUGGUGGGGUGGGCGCCGCGUACCGCAGCGGCUGUGCCAUUGCAAAAUAGCCGUAGUCCAAUUGCUACGGCUCCACACCCUCACGGCUGGGAAACCAAGAUCCUCCCCCCAGUCCCGCCGUCGAGGGUUAGGCGGGAGCCCAACCAGCGAAUCGUGACCUGUUGCUACCGCCGCGUCGCAUGA